CAAAACUCUCCGCAAAUCUCGAAAACGCGAAGCGGAAGAGCAGAUUCUCUGCUUUGCCACUCCCUCUGUGCUCUGGCUCUGGUUCUCUGCUGUUCGGUGCGGUGCAAGUCAAAAAAAACAGGUUGAAGACAAUUGCUGUAGAGCUGCUGUCGAAAUCAGAAACAGUCGUUGCGCCGGUUUAGAGAUUAUUACUCGUUUGCUUUCCUGGCAAAAUCAUAACAGUUUAAUAAAGAUAUGCUAAUGACGAUUUGAUCGCGCAAAAGAAAAAGGCCCAGCUUUUCUGUUCUCCUCAGUUUUCUCUUUUCUUUCCUCUUCCUCUUCUUAGGCGCUGUUGAAGCACAUCUCAGUCAGCAUGGCGACCGAAAUCACACUUCCCUCAAACCUGCAUUAUCCCAUCACCAUCGUGCAACUUAUAUGUCAGUCUGGUAGUGAAGUGCAAAAGAAUGCACCGUUAUUCUCAUAUCGGUAUAAGACCAAGGUCACGCAAACCAUAGAUAUCAACGAAGAAGUCGAAGUCGACGCGGAGCUGCUGGCCUCGUUUGAUUCCCCGAUGGAGGGUACGCUAGGAGACUGGCUGAUCAAGGAAGGCGAUGUAAUUGAGAGUUCUGGCCUGGUCGCCGUAUCGGUCUCCGAGCCUUGCACGCACGCGGUUCAAUAUGCAGGCAUGUGCGCGCUCUGCGGCAAGGAUCUCACACACCGUGACUAUUCUGGAUACAACGAAGCCGCUCGUGCAGAUGUUCAAAUGUUCCACAAGUCUAAGGGUCUUGCCGUCAGCAUGACUGAAGCCGAGCGGAUUGAAAAAACAACGACAAUGGCUCUUCUGACGAGCGGGAAACUUAUUCUCGUCGUGGAUCUCGACCAAACGGUGAUCCACACCACCGUCGACCCAAUCAUCGGCGAGUGGAAACGCAACCCAGACGAUCCCCACUACGACGCCGUCAAAGACGUGCACUCGUUCUGUCUCCAAGAUGGCUCAAACUCACAGGGCUAUUGGUAUUAUGUGAAAGUCAGGCCCGGGCUGGAAGAGUUUCUGGAGCGGAUCUCGAAGAAGUACGAGUUGCACAUCUACACGAUGGCGACAAAGUCGUAUGCGGCUGCUAUUGCAAAGAUCAUAGAUCCGACAGGGAAGUAUUUCGCAGACCGAGUACUUUCGCGCGACGAGAGUGGGAAUCUUGAGCAGAAAAACCUGAAGCGACUGUUUCCGGUGGACACGAGCUUGGUGGUGAUCAUCGACGAUAGAGGCGAUGUGUGGAAAUGGAGCGCGAAUUUGAUCAAAGUGGUGCCGUUUGAGUUCUUUGUCGGAAUUGGUGAUAUCAACUCUGGGUUUCUGCCAAAGCAGCAGGACGUCAAGGCUACGGGUGCGACUACGUCCGGCGGAACGAUUGCAAUGCCGCAGGAGGACAAGCCGGUUGGGAAAAGCUCGCUUUCGGGAGACAGGGAAGAUACCGAGCUGGCGAAUAUCGAGAGCUCGCUGAUGCGCGUGCACGAUGCUUAUUAUACAGAAUAUAGAGAAUACCAGAAGAAGAAGGAGUCGCAAGUGGUCAACAAACGGAAACGGAAGCGGCCGGGCGACUGGCGAGAAGGGCUGCCGGACAUCAAAGUGAUUAUGCCGCGAAUUAAACAGAGCGUACUCGAUGGUGUAGUGAUUUUGAUGUCUGGCACGGUGCCUCUGGGCGCGAACUUGGACUCGGUCGACGUGGUUAUAUGGGCGCGGUCGUUUGGCGCAAAGGUCGUUGACACGUUGGCGUUCGAUGUCACUCAUUUGGUAGCGGAACGGACGGGGACGAAGAAAGUGCACCAGGCGACGAAGUUCAAGGGGAUUCAUAUCGUGUCGCCGGCGUGGCUUUACAGAUGCCUGUCCUCGUGGACACACGUCGACGAGAGCGACUACGUGCUCGCGGUGUCGCCGAAUAACGCAUGGGAGGCGGAGUCGGAUAGCAGCAGUGAUUUCGAUUUGGACGACAGCGAUCUCGACGUCGCUUCUGAGGCCGAGAACGAUGUGUUUGAUGCUGUGGUGGACGAUGACGGUGUUGUCGAGUCCAUCAUACCUGAGAAGCAGAGCCAGGACGAGGAAAUGGACGACGGCGCGGUAGUGGUCGCAGAGGAGCCCGUAGUGCUCCCGGAGCAGGAAUCCGAGACUGUAGAGCAGGCAGAAGAGAGCGACGAGUCCGAGGCGUGAGUAACGAGCGCAGCUGCCCUGUAUAAUACAACAAUAAUACAAACAAUAAUACACAAGAUACCUAAUCCAGCCAAUAGCACGACUUCCAAUUCGGGAAGUGCAGCUGCGGUUUUAGAGUUUUGCUCCCCC